UCCAAGGAAGCAAGCUGUGGCUGGGGUGAGAGUAAAAAGGGGCUUAGCUCCCUAUUCCACUCCCCUAGAACAAUUUUGAUGAUUCGUCUUUGGCUCUGGGGGUCCAGGGGCCUCUGGGUUGCUUUGAUAGUCUUCGUGACCAUUGGAUUAGUACUCCAGAUUUGGCAAUGGCCCUUCCAGAGGAGGCCUCCUGGGCUAUAUUUUCCCCAACUGUGGGCCCCUUCCUCUGGCUCUUCUUUGGCCCCCUCCUGUCAUCCUCAGCAGCAGCUUGUAUUCUUGAAGACACAUAAGUCUGGAAGCAGUUCUGUACUAAGCCUUCUCCAUCAGUAUGGGGACCGGCACAGCCUACGCUUUGCCCUCCCUGUCCGUUACCAGUUUGGGUACCCGAAGUCCUUCCAGGCAACUUCAGUCAAAGGUUACCUCCCCCAUGGUGGGGGACCCCAGCCUCCCUUUCACAUCCUCUGCCACCACAUGAGGUUCAACCUACCAGAGGUACUCCGGGUCAUGCCCCCUGACAGUUUCUUCUUCUCCAUUGUCCGAGAUCCUGCAGCAUUGGCAAUUUCUGCCUUCUCCUACUACAAAUCCGUAUCAUCUGCUUUCCGUGCAGCACCAUCUCUGGCUGCCUUCCUGGCUUCACCACGAGCCUUCUACCGGCCAGGGGGCCGUGGGGACCACUAUGCAAGGAACUUGCUCUGGUUUGAUUUUGGCCUCCCCCUCCCCCGAGAAAUGAGGGCAUUGAAGAGGCAUCCCAAACCCCUCAAAAGAACCCAGUCCUCAAAGAUACAUAUUUGGCCAUCUAGCUCUGUAUCCCAACCCUCAAAACUUGAUCCCAACUCCCUCCCCAAACCUCCUUCCCAUCCUACAUCCCGUGUCCAAUCAGCUGACCACUCCAUGUCCCUCAGUCCUACUUCCAUAACAGAUUCAGUAUCUUCAUCCUUAAUCCAAUGGGCUCUGGCCUGGCUAGACUCAACCUUUGACCUGGUCUUGGUGGCAGAAUACUUUGAUGAGUCACUGGUGCUUCUGGCAGAUGCCCUGUGCUGGGGCCUGGAUGAUGUGGUAGGCUUUGUACACAAUGCCCAGGCAACUGGUAUGAAGAAUGUCAAAGGUCAUAAGGGGGUCAAAGAUCAUGGUAGAAUCAAGGAUAAGCAACUGGCUGCUCGGGCUAGAGCUUGGAACAACCUAGACUGGGCUCUCUAUGUCCACUUCAAUCACAGCCUAUGGGACCGUGCAGACCGUUAUGGGAGGGUGAGGCUUGCUUCAGCAGUAGCCAAACUUAGGGCCCGUAGGUCAGCAUUGGCAUCCCACUGCCUUUUGGGGGGAGGAGCUGUGGACCCUGGUCAAAUAGCUAACCUCCAGCUUCGUCCUUUCCAGUUUGGGGCCCGGGGGGUUCUGGGCUAUGUACUGAAAAAGGGGCUGAGCCCCCAAGACCAUGAAAAGUGUGAGCGCCUUGCUACUCCAGAGUUGCAGUAUAAAGACAAGCUGGAUGCCAAGCAGUUCCCCAAAGCUGUUCAGUCACCAUCCCACCCUCCUAAUGCCACAAGCCCAGGCCCCAAGGGCAGCUGAGACUAGAAAGGAGACACACAGAAAGGAGAGACACACAGAAUCUAACAAUAAAAAGGCUGGGGUAGCCAAAGAGGGCAAGGAACAAGGCAAUCUGCUGCUACAGAUCCUGCAGCUCCUUGGGAGCAAGUGCCAAACAGGGCCACACUGCCUCCAAUGCCUCAACUCUUUUCCAUUCCCCUUAAGGUUCCAGAUAUCUACCCCUUAUCACCUCCUACCCUCUCUGCUUCCUUUUCAAGCCCCAUGGCAGGCUCCAUGUAGCAACUCUCAACUCCCUGGAGGGGUCAAAAGGUUAAAAGUGGUGGAAUCAUGUGAAAUAAAGAAAUUCUGAAAUUUA